UUGGAUCAGCGUCGUCGUCGUUCCCUCGUUAAUCGUCUAUCGCUUACCGCCUGACACUCAGAGACUUGAGAGAUACAGAUACGGCCGUGUUCGUCAGAUGAGUACACGAAUUUAUUAAGAAACCAAACGCAAAGUGAAGCAAUCGAAUCAGUGCAACGUCGCUUCUGGCACCUGCAAGAAGGAGACACAGUUUAGUGCUUUGAGCGAUACCAAAGUGACAAGUAAUACCCGCAAGACCGAAGCUUAAAUGCUCUGUCCUCCUACCAUGCGUCCGGCCAGCCCCGCCGAAUCGGAGAUCUCCGUCGGAGGAGCUCCCAGCCCGCUGCCCACGCAGCUCCAGCACCAGCUCCAGCCUCAUCCGCAUGCCCUCCAGCUGCACCAUCCGCGUGCCAGCACCAUCGACUUGCUCCAGCAGCAGCAGUUCCUGAUGCAGCAUCAUGCGGCCGCCGCAGCCGCUGCUGCCGCCGGACUCACCCGCGGGGCCGUCGGCAGUCUGCCGGAGGACUACUUUCAGCCGCUGAAGCGCUUGCGCAUGUCCUCCUCCUCGUCGGAGCCGCGGGAACACACGCCCAGUCCACCAGCCCUGGCUCCGGCACCCACCGCCGCCGAGUCCCAGCCACAGACAACCACCAAGGCGGCCAUUGAGGGCGUCAAGAGCUUUUCCAUUGCCGACAUUUUGGGGCACUCGCAAAAACAGCGCUCGGACUCGGUGUCGCCACCGCCGGCUGCCACACUGCUGGCCCCACCCGCCAAUAGGGCAUCCGCUGGUCUCCUCCAGCCCCGCACCGAGCCCUUGGAGGCACAUCACGCGGCGGCCGCCAUGCUCCUGCCCGGAGGCCAGAUUGUCCGCCCCUGGGAUCACCUGCUUGGCCCCAUGCCCGUGCGCCCCUUCAUCCCCUCAGCCCUGCUCCACUACGAGCAGCGCCUGGCCCUGGACUACCACCGACAGCUGCAGGAGCACUUCAACGCCCAGGCCCAGCUGCUGCGCCACAUGGGCAUGGACAUCAUUCCCUCGGAGAGCGGCUCGGACCGCUCCAGCUCCGCGGCCAGCGAUUGCUGUUCUCCGGAGAUUUCCCGGGACUCGGCCGCUGCCGCCGCCGCCGCUGCUGCCCGCCACAGCCACAGCCCGCAGUCGUCAGCCCAGGCCAAGGCCAAUGGCACGCCCCUGGAUGCUCUGUUCCAGAUGACCACCAAGGAUUUCGACGAAUCUCAAGACAAGUCCCAUUUGGACAUAUUCUCGAACAGGCCGCAGCCGAAGAAGAAGCGCAAGUCCCGCACCGCCUUCACCAACCACCAGAUCUUCGAGCUGGAGAAGCGCUUCCUCUACCAGAAGUAUCUGUCGCCCGCCGACCGGGAUGAGAUCGCCGCCUCGCUGGGCCUGUCCAAUGCCCAGGUGAUCACCUGGUUCCAGAACCGGCGCGCCAAGCAGAAGCGCGACAUCGAGGAGCUGAAAAAGGACUUUGACAGCGUAAAGGUCUUCUCCGCACACAAGUCCUUCCUGGAGAACGUCAACGAUCUGAGCAUCCUCAAGAAGAAGCCCAUGCAUGAGGCGGAUAUGGUUGGACUGGCGGCUGCUGCCGCCGCCGCGGGAAUGGUGACGGUUCAAGUGCCCGGAUCGGCUGCCUCGUCGCUGGGCGGUGCACCACCCAAAUGAAGGCGCGGCCUGGUGCGCAUAGAACCGCAUAUGCAACCUGAUAAAUGGUACAGAAAGUGAGCAACGAGGAGUCGAGUAUUUUGUUUAAUUUUGAGUCGAGUGCGAGGGAGUCGGGGCGCAAAAAGAGUUCCCCGACCCAGCACUGGGCUUAGGCCCCGGGAAGCACAAGGACAUCCUGAAGUUCUUCCGAGGCCAAUAAAGAGGGCAAAGGCAAUGUGUAAGGCCAGCCAACAACUGAGAGAGUAACUCAGCCAGGACCAAGGUCACCUGUUGGCCAGCGAAUACGCCAAAAACCCGGACCUGGACCACGCUCAGCACUGAGCCAGAGCUCAUCAUCACAUCGAUAGGACACACACACAC